ACGCGGACCGUUUACAGUCCCGUCGUUGCCAUGGACACGGGCCCCUCUCGUCACGACGGGAAGUAGAUGGAAUCAUUUCCGGGUCUUAAAGGUCUCCCUCGUCCACGUGAAUGAAUAAAAUGUGCAAAACGGAUUCCGAUGAAGUGCUCUUUAUUUCUGAAACGAUUGCACCUUCAGUCCAGAUGACUGUUGUCAUUGAUCAGGCGAAGCGACUUGCUCUACAACGGGACAUUGAUCUGGAAUCUCUCCCAAAGCAGCUCUCAAAGCUCUCCACGGCUCUUGUGCAAAGACCCGAGAAGAAGAUGAAAAUGAAAAUUGAGAAUCUGACAGAUGAGAAUAUUGAAAAGAAAAUCAAGAAAUGCAAGAAAGAACCAACCUCACCGACAAAAAUUAACGACCCCACAGUUGCUGACAGGACAGCACAGCGUGUAGAAAAGAAAAAGAAGAAAGUAAAAAAAGAGGACUCGGUUGUUGAAGUCCAGGGGUCUUUCGAAGUAGGUGAAGAGGAGAAAGAGAAAAAGAAAAUAGUGAAUGAUUGUGAUAUAAUCGAUGGAAAUGGCAAAGAAACAAAGCUAACUGACUGUCAAGAAGGAACCAAGAAAAGUCACGAGAAAAAGUCAAAAAAUAAAACUCAGAUUAAAGAGGAAAUUGUUACUCCAGUUGAUGAGAACAUAGCAAAGGAAGCCAAGAAAGAAAAAAAGGCGGUUCAAGACAAGAAGGCGGCAAAGAAAGCCAAGAAAGAAAAAAAUGAGGUUGAUGACAAGAAGGCGACAAAGAAAGCCAAGAAAGAACAAAAUGAGGUUCAUGACAAGAAGGUGGCCAAGAAACCCAAGAAAGAAAAAAAUGAGGUUCAUGAUACUAAUGGUUAUCACGUGACUGAUGACAGUCCAGUCAUCAAAAAGAAGAUGAAAAAGAAACGAGAAAAAGAAAAAAGUGAGAGUAAUAAGAAAAAGCGGAAAGAUAACGAGACACAAACAAAACAUGAAACUGUUUGGCAGCAGGAAGAAGCAGACAACGUACCAAAGACAACCAAGAAACAACAAAAUAAGACGCCACAUACGAUUGCAGAGGACAAUAUUAAACAUAAGAAAAAGCGGAAAAAGAUCACAGCGGAACAGGAUGAAACAACUGCAAAAAAGAAGAAGAAAACCGCUGAACCGAAAUUAGCGGAGAGUGAAGUGGCCACAGAAACACCUGAAGAGGUUUGUGAGCUGAAGCCGAAGAGGAAAAAAAAGAAGACUGCUUCACCGGACAAUGACAAAUCUGAGGAUUCCAAUAAAGAAGCAGCACAGGAAGAAAAGAGUGACGCCGGCGUCGAGGAAGGUGAGACUCAACGAAAGAAGAAAGGAGAAAAGGCCAAAAAGAGAAAGUCUUCUGGGCUCGACACACAAGACGAGACUGCAUCGAUAAAGAAGAAGAAACGAAAAGUAGAAGAGCCGAAACGGGAGGAAACAGUAGACCAGGAACCGAGCAAGAAAAGAAAAAAGAAGAGUUCUGUUGAGGUAGAGAAUCACCUUGAAGAAGUGUAUCCUGACUCCAGCAUGAAAGAGAAGAAGAAGAAGGGGGAGAAGAAGGAGAAGAAGAAGGAGGAGAAGAAGAAGAAGAAGGGAAUGAAAGAAGAGUUGGGCAACCACGUGGGUGUUCCCCACGGGGAUGUGGUCUUCUUGUCAGAAAAGAGCGGAAACACUGACGAGCUGACCAUCAACCAGGAAAGGCGACAGGCUUUACAGAUGGAAGUCGAUAAGGCCUCUUACCCUCAAAAAGUGGCACAACCCUCAGGGUUUGGUCAGUGGAGCACCGCCCAGUUUGAAAGCUCUCAGCAGCAGCAGAAGUUCCUCAGGUUGAUGGGCGGCUUCAAGAAGGACUCGCAGCCAGCUGCGGCUGGAAGCCCGGCAACGGCAAAUAUGGCGCUCGGCAAGAACGCACAGGAGCGUCUGCAGCAAGGACUCGUGGAAGAGUUUGAGCGGGCCCACUCGCGCCGGAUAGACUUCAACAGCAGAGGUGCGGGACUUGGGUUUAGUGAAUCGACCAAAAAGAAAGUCUUUAUCGACAUCAAUCUACGUCGAUCUGUCCGCUUUGAUGACUGAGCAGCGCUAGGUCUGAGAAAGGUGGAGUUUGCAGUUUUCAAGAUGCUGGCAACAUUUGUAUGUUGCCUCGAGCUUCACUUCUCAGGAUCCCUGACCAAAACCAUGCCCUCACUAACAUGCAUCACACAUGCUCUCUGCGUAGGAGAGCACCGUUACAUGUUUACCCAUGAUCUGUUUUGGGAGCUGGCUAAUUCCAUUUUUGUGCGGGUGUGUGUGCUAACCAGAGAUAAAUGAUCUGCCCAAGAAAAUUACAAGCGUAAACUUCAGACUAUGAGCCACAGACGCAGCGAUUGGCACACUACUGGGUCACGCUUUCUGUCACAACAGUCCCUGGUAGGCCAUUCUUGUCAAAUAACACUUUCAAUGGCUACUUUUAAUUAGAGAUGGCUUUAUGUGUCCCUAAACAUGUUUUUCAUGCUGAUUUUUAAAAAAAAUGUCUUUACUUUUUUUUCUUAGCACAUCAGUUUUUUUGUGACAUUUCAACAUUUUUUUUUUUACCUUUAUAAGCUAGCACAGCAUGUUCUUUUUCUACCACGUGUUGUACCGAAUAGCCAUGCCGUUUCAGAAAACAAUUGUCACAGAAUCUAACCUUUAAUUUUAUAAAGAAUAAUUACUAAAAACAAUUCUAUUUUAUUACGAAAACCUGAUGUGAGACAGAUUCAGAGGGUUUACUUGUAUCUCUGCUGACCAGCGUAAUUAAUAAAAUACAAUUAGCGGCAUAACAUGGGGCCUGACGGAUGAUUUUUCAAAAGAUCAUUGUUGUAAUAAUGCAUUGUCAGAUCAUGCAGAUAGUUUUAACAUACAACUUUUUGUACUGCAAACUCCAACUUUAAUAUUAUUUUAAGUGUUGUCUUCUUUCAGUUACAUCAAGCGUUUCUUGUAAAUAAACAAAUGCUACACUACUGUUCUUUGGAUAUUUUUUCCAAUUGUGAAGGUGCAAUCGCUAGGUAUUGAAAAAGGCAAAGCUUAAGAAUAUUCUUUUCAUUUUAUUUCAUUCUUGCAAAGAUCUUCAGUAAGACAAGUGUUCAUUUAAAAAAAUAUUUUCUGCUUGUGUGUACGAAAACAAGUAAUUUAACUCAGUGAAACUGAGACAAAUGGAAUCGAUGGUGUGUGCUGCGGAAAAUGAGCACCAAAAAUGUACACGGAGUCAUGCAAUGGGCCAUUUUUAAAAGUAAUUAAAAUGCUCUCAAAUGCAGGUCA